AUGACUAGCAACGCCCGAUCCGUCCCAUCCACAGACCCUAGCGUCUACGAUGAGUUCAAAGCGAAGUGGUCUCAACUCCCGACUGACGAAACAAGUUGGGUCCAGCGAGCCAAAGACGUCGCCUCUGUUCUAGCACAGGAUGCAGCACAGCGGGAGAGAGAGAACAAAUCACCCCGCGCAGAGGUUGCUCUACUGAAACAUUCCGGACUCUUGAAGAUCCUCGGUUGGAAGAAGUAUGGAGGUGGUGAACAACCGUGGAGCGUUGGGUACAAAGCCAUUCGAGAAGUUGCGAAAGGUGACGGAUCCAUCGGGCUGCUUCUUGGCUAUCACCUAUUGUGGUCAACAACGGCGAAUGUCAUCGGAAGCUCUGAGCAGGCAGACCGCUUCCAGGAUCUGAUUAUCUCAAACAAUUACUUUGUCGGAGGCGCUGUCAACCCUCGCGACAGUGAUCACAAGAUCACUUCUGAUGGAGACAACGUGGUGUUCAACGGCUUCAAGAAUUUCAACACCGGCGGCGUCAUCUCAGAUCUGACCGUCUUGGAGGGCGUGUUGGAAGGUACCGAGGAUCAUCUUUACACCAUCGUCAAGACGGAACAGCCCGGCAUCGUGUUCUCUCACAACUGGGAUAAUGUCGGUUUGCAGCUCAGCGAAUCUGGCAGUGUCAAGAUCGAGAACGUGAAGGCUCCUUGGGCCGAUGCUUUGGGAUGGAACGCAACUGAGAAGAAGCCCGAUCCUGGGAUUCUUAAGAUUCCGUUCGCUUCUCUGCUACUUCCCACAAUCCAACUUGUGUUCGGCAACUUUUACAUCGGUAUUGCCUGGGGAGCUUUGGACUUCGCCUCGGCAUACACCAGAAAGAACACCCGGGCGUGGCCGUUCGGCGGAGAUAAUAAGGAAAAGGCUGAGGACGAGUUCUACAUCCUCUCUACUUACGGAAACUUCCUGGCACACCUCCGAGCCGCUACCACUCUGGCUGACAAGGCAGGAGAGGAGAUUGACAAGGUGUAUCGACAUUCCGGUGAACCUGCUGCUCGUGCAAAACUCACUGCGCAAGAGAGAGGCGAAGCUGCCGAAUGGGUUGCAAGCGUCAAAGUGACGGCUACCGAUACAGGGUUGAGAGUGACUUCCGGUGUUUUCGAGGUUACGGGUGCCAAGGCGACGUCGGCCAAGGUUGGCCUGGAUAGAUUUUGGAGGGACAUCAGAACACACUCACUGCACGACCCUGUUGCGUACAAGAAUCGUGAGCUUGGGAGGUAUCAGUUGCUGGGAGAGCUGCCUGAACCUACCUGGUACACAUGA